AGGUGGCAACAAACAAACCCAAGUUGCCCUCGUAAGAAUUUUCUUAUGCCUACAAGGCUUGCCUUCUACUAUAAAUAUAGGAUGAUUCGGGUUCUCUUCCUCCCACAGCUCCAUAAGCACAAAAUAGAGAAGCAUAUUACUCCUCAAGUGCUCACCAUACUAGCUUCCUUCCUACAUUCCCUUUCGUGCAUCCUUUCUUUCCUCUUCCCAAAUGGAUCUUGUUUAUGGAAAAAUGCUAAAUGCAGCUCCCACGUCUGUCGAGACUCCACAAUUUUCAAAGAAUACUAAAGUGAUGAGUCCUAUGUUGAUCUCCCGAUGGAGUCCAACUCCACGGGUUUCUAAGAUUUUGCCGUUGCGACAAGCACGAGGCUAUAAUGCACUUCCCCUUGUCCAUGAAGCUAGGGAAGAAGGAGAAAAAGAUGCUCCACUUACCCAACAGGACAGGUACAAAGAGAUCAUGUCAAGCUUUCCCCGAAGGGAUGAUUGGGUUGUCCAGCCUCUUUACCAAUACCAAGGCUUUUGGUACUUCCAAGUCUGCCUAAUCGGCUUGUUGGCUGCUCAAGAAAACUUUAGGCCUCAACCUUAUGAUAUUAUUCUUUGUACUUGUCCCAAAUCUGGCACGACUUGGCUUAAGGCUCUUGCUUAUGCCAUUGUUACCCGCUCUAGAUUUAGCGAUUUCGAAAACCCAUUGCUCACAAAAGCACCACAUGAUUGUGUUCCCUUUUUAGAGAUUGAUGCUGCGAGAAACAUAUGCAAUCGUGACCAAGAAAUCCCACUAGUAGCUACGCACAUUCCUUAUAAUUCUUUGCCAACUUCCAUAUCAGAAUCAGGUUGUAAACUUGUUUAUUUGUGCAGAGACCCAAAGGACAUGCUAAUAUCUAUGUGUAACUUUCCUCUCAAAAAGUGCCACCAAUAG